AAGAGCAGCAGCCACAGGCGCAGGCGGGACUUAACAUGGAAUUGAUGCUGCGCGGAGCAGCGACGAGCAGAGAGAGGCUGCGUGGGGAUGUUAGGCGGGACGGCCGCCGGGUCGAUUGACUGGGCGCCCGAUUGACGCCGCCUUUUUUUCGGAGGAUCGUGAUUCCCCAUCCGGAGCUAUUCUUUGCCCGCUCCGUCAGCUCCGCUUCCCUCUUUGCUGGAGCCAGCAAGGUUGCUGUCCUUCCCAGCGUGCCUUAUGAAGUCAUACCUGCCCUAGCUCCCUCCCUGCGCGCCCACAGGUCCGGUGCCUGUGCCAUCUACUUGGUUUUUGCAAGCCGUUUCUCACUUUAAAAAACAACAACAACCACCUCCGCUGUGCUGAAAAGAGAAAAUUGCCCUGAACUACUUCCACUUUCACUGCUUUGGGUUUGUUUUGUAUUUUUUCUUCCCCCAUCCUGGAUUUCGGAUUUACUUCCUUGAGAUGCCCUCUGACAGAAGAACUGGUAUGUCUCUGCUCCAUCGCCUGAUUUGUUACCUGCAGGAUGCCGAGAAAGUUGCCCGUUUCCAAAAACUAUGUGGCGUGGAAGCACUUCCAGACUGGAGGUCUGUCUCCUUUGCUCAGACGGUGGACGCAGAGCACCCCUUGGCCAACGGGAAUUGCGCCGCUGCCAAGACCCAGGGUGAUAGUGACAGGCGAUGCGUGUCCCCGGGCUCUUCCAACGCGGAGGAGAAACAUGACGAGAGCCACUCAAAUGGUUUGAAGAAUGGGAUGGUUUCUGAAGACACCUGUGGAGUGGAAUCGCAGCCACCAGCAUCCCUGGAGAAGCGGAAGAAAUGGGCCUCAAAAAGCCAUCCUCGCCGCAACUCUCUAACUGGAGAAUCCAUAUUGCAGAAGUUCAGAAUCCAUAAUUUUUUCCUUUAUUACCUCUUCAGCUUUGGCACAGAACUGGGCAAUGAACUUUUCUACAUCAUAUUUUUCCCCUUCUGCGUCUGGAAUGUGGAUCCUUGGCUGGGCAGGAGACUCAUCAUCAUUUGGGUUUGGAUCAUGUAUUUCGGCCAGUGCACCAAAGAUGUUAUUCGUUGGCCGAGGCCUGCUUCUCCCCCAGUAGUGAAGCUGGAGGUUUUCUACAAUUCUGAAUAUAGCAUGCCCUCAACUCAUGCCAUGGCGGGCACGGCCAUUCCUGUCUCCUUAUUUCUACUCAGUUAUGGACGGUGGCAGUAUCCUUUCAUGUACGGGCUGAUUCUCACCAUUUGCUGGUCUUCUCUGGUUUGUUUCAGUCGAGUAUAUAUGGGAAUGCAUACAAUUCUGGAUGUUAUUGCUGGUGACAGAGAACAUUAG